AAUGGAAGCCCUCGGUGUGCUAAGUGUAAAGCUCCGAUAGCCUGAGCAUAGUACAGAGGAGGAUAUGAAUGAACGAUACUGAAGAACAGAUAGCAGCCAAUAAAUAGGGAGACAGCGGAGCCAAGGCAUUCUUGUCUUCUGUCACAUAGGAUAAGAUUGCAGUCCUGCCUGCCUGUGCUGUAUGAAUGUGGCAGCACCUAUUGUAGCCAUUUGAAAGGAAGCUAUCUUUGCCCAUGGUCAGGGUGAGCGUCUGUUAAGAGGUGGAUUAGGAGAGUUAGGAAGACCAAUAGCUGCCAGUGGGAGUAUUUGCAGUUCACAUGGAGGAGAGGCGGUGGAGAGCUCUGGACUAGAAGCCUGCUUCAGCACCACGGACAGCUACAAGUGCGCUGCACAGGAGCUAUGCUGAGCAGCCUGGGCUAUGCAGGACAAGGGACGGUGGACAGUACCUAAUGAAUAUGACUUGGAGUCAGCUGCCUCACAAUGAAUCACUGAGAAACGUCUCUGAUGUUAAUGUUUAUCUAUUCGUUAUUCUGAAUACGGAGAAUGUAUAAAAUUGAAUCGGAUGUUUUGAUUCUAGUUUUGGGGCUCCUACAUAAACUGCUCAUUUAUCCUGUCAACCCUCCUAUGUUGUCACUUAGUGGGCACUGAUGAUAGCAUCUAAUAGAUGCAACUUAAAAGGGUCUACAUUUUUCCAUAAAAAAUUACAGCAUUGGCUUUCGGAUUGUGAAGAUGUCUUCAGUGAGGUUGGCUUUGGAAAGAAAACCAUUGAAGUCUGGCGGCCUUUCCAGCAUGUUUCUGGUCAAAAGGCUGUAUUGGAUCUUAAGCUUGAUACAUACAGUUGGAAGUCAAGAAUAUGCCCACUCUAUCCGAGUGGAAGGGGACAUUAUACUAGGUGGUCUUUUCCCAGUCCAUUCAAGAGGAGAACGUGGGGUGCCUUGUGGGGAACUUAAAAAAGAAAAGGGAAUUCAUAGACUUGAGGCAAUGAUGUACGCCGUAGACCAGAUCAAUAAAGACCAGGACCUUCUUCCAAACAUCACUUUAGGGGUUCGGAUCCUUGACACUUGCUCAAGGGAUACUUAUGCCUUGGAGCAAUCUUUAACCUUUGUGCAAGCUUUAAUUGAAAAAGAUGCUACUGAAGUCAGAUGUGCAAAUGGAGAUUCACCUAUUUUUACCAAGCCGGAUAGAAUAGCUGCAGUGAUAGGAGCUGCAGCCAGUUCGGUUUCCAUUAUGGUUGCUAAUAUAUUAAGACUAUUUAAGAUACCUCAAAUCAGCUAUGCAUCCACAGCCCCAGAACUAAGUGACAACAGCAGAUACGACUUCUUUUCACGAGUGGUCCCUCCUGACUCCUAUCAAGCUCAAGCAAUGGUUGAUAUCGUGACGGCGCUGGGAUGGAAUUAUGUAUCUACAUUAGCUUCAGAAGGGAACUAUGGAGAAAGUGGAGUGGAAGCCUUCACACAGAUUUCUCGGGAAAUUGGUGGUGUUUGCAUUGCCCAAUCUCUGAAAAUCCCCCGAGAACCCAAACCAGGAGAAUAUGAUAAAAUCAUUAAGCGCCUACUGGAAACCCCUCAUGCUCGGGCAAUAAUCAUUUUUGCAAAUGAAGAUGACAUAAGACGAAUCCUUGAAGCGGCUAAAAGAAACAAUCAAACGAGACAUUUUCUUUGGAUUGGUUCAGAUAGUUGGGGCUCGAAAAUUGCUCCGGUUUACCAACAGGAGGAAAUAGCUGAAGGAGCAGUUACAAUUCUACCAAAGAGAGCCUCGAUAGAUGGAUUUGAUAGAUAUUUUAGAAGCCGGUCAUUAGCCAAUAACAGAAGAAAUGUAUGGUUUGCAGAGUUUUGGGAAGAGAACUUUAAUUGCAAACUGGGAUCACAUGGCAAAAAGAACAGUCAUUUAAAGAAAUGUACAGGUUUAGAACGCAUUGGAAGAGAUUCCAGCUAUGAGCAAGAGGGGAAGGUUCAGUUUGUCAUUGAUGCAGUGUAUUCAUUGGCUCAUGCGCUCCAUAGCAUGCACAGAGAUUUCUGCUCUGGUUAUGUGGGUCUUUGUCCAAGAAUGAAGCCUGUGGAGGGAAAAGAUCUUCUUUCCUACAUCAGGGCUGUGCACUUUAAUGGCAGUGCUGGCACACCGGUCACUUACAAUGAAAAUGGAGAUGCCCCUGGACGCUAUGAUAUUUACCAGUAUCAAAUAAUAAAUAAAACAGCAGAAUAUAAAGUUAUUGGACACUGGACAAACCAGCUACAUCUCAAUGUGGAAGACAUGCAGUGGACAAGCAGAGAACAUACGCAGCCAGCAUCUGUUUGUAGCCUGCCGUGCAAACCUGGAGAAAGAAAGAAAACUGUAAAAGGAGUCCCUUGCUGCUGGAAUUGUGAGAGAUGUGAAGGCUAUCAUUACCAAGCAGACGAGCUGACCUGUGACCUAUGUCCUUUAGAUCAAAAACCAAAUACAAACCGCACCGGCUGCACACUAAUCCCUAUUAUCAAACUUGAAUGGCAUUCUCCUUGGGCUGUUGUUCCUGUCUUCAUAGCCAUUUUGGGAAUAGUGGCGACAACAUUUGUAAUUGUCACGUUUGUACGAUACAAUGAUACACCUAUUGUGAGAGCAUCUGGGCGCGAGCUGAGCUAUGUGUUACUGACUGGGAUUUUUUUGUGUUAUGCCAUCACUUUUUUAAUGAUUGGAACUCCAGAUAUGGUAGUUUGUUCUCUGAGACGUAUAUUCCUGGGGCUCGGCAUGUGUUUCAGCUAUGCUGCAUUGCUCACAAAAACCAACAGGAUUCAUCGAAUAUUUGAACAGGGCAAGAAAUCUGUGACUGCCCCAAAGUGUAUAAGUCCUGCUUCUCAGUUAGUCAUUACUUUCAGUCUUAUAUCUGUUCAAUUGCUUGGAGUUUUCAUAUGGUUUGUAGUGGAUCCUCCCCAUAUCAUUGUAGACUAUGGAGAGCAAAGAACACCUGACCCAGAAAAUGCCAGAGGUGUUCUUAAGUGUGACAUUUCAGAACUUUCUUUAAUUUGUUCCCUGGGAUACAGUAUUCUACUGAUGGUUACAUGUACUAUUUAUGCCAUUAAAACUAGAGGAGUGCCAGAAACCUUCAAUGAAGCCAAACCCAUCGGAUUUACAAUGUACACAACCUGCAUCAUUUGGUUAGCUUUUAUUCCAAUAUUUUUUGGAACAGCACAAUCAGCGGAAAGGAUGUAUAUCCAGACCACUACGCUAACAGUGUCCAUGAGUUUAAGUGCAUCCGUGUCUCUAGGAAUGCUUUACAUGCCCAAGGUUUACAUCAUCAUUUUCCACCCGGAGCAAAAUGUUCAAAAACGAAAGAGGAGCUUCAAGGCUGUUGUGACAGCUGCCACCAUGCAGAGUAAGCUGAUCCAAAAAGGGAAUGACAGACCCAAUGGUGAAGUCAAGACAGAACUCUGUGAAAGUCUUGAAACAAACACGUCUUCUACAAAGACCACAUAUGUCAGCUACAGCAAUCACGCCACCUGAGUUACAUAGAAUUGCCAGCGGAUACCGAAAUCCAAAUUCUGGGAUGGAUCAACUGUUUUACAGUGUAGCUAUCUGAACCGAAAAAGUAAUCAUAAAAGAGAAAAUUUAUGGAAAAUGCCUGAAUUUAUUUUUCAAAUGAAAGUGUUAACAUAUAAAAAAAUUGAAAGCACAUGAACAGAUAAUAUUACUGUGCACAAGAAAAGAUAAGUCAGUGCUAUUGUUCACAGAUGAAAUUGCAUUUUAUGAAAAAAAAAAAAGUCUGUCAUAUGUUACACCAUAAUUGUAAGUACUUUUUGUGAUUUGUGAGAACUUUCAUUCCUGUCCUAUAUUGUUCUAUCUGUAUAGGAGAUGAGUUUGUGCAUUGUAUUGGCUGACUGACAUGAAGCCCUGGGUUGUGUUCAAUAACUGCAAUGGUUUACGCAUGCACAUUUUUUAUACAAAAGAUAUUUCUAAUAAUAAAGGAAUGUUUUGCAAAUGGCGAGACUUUGAUAUUGCU